AUUAUUCCGGCGUGUAGUGGUCGAUGUGAAGCCGAACUUUAGCUAAUCAGCCUUUUGUAAGCGUUUUGUUAUAUAGGUUGCUGGCCAUAGAGCUGGUUAGGUAUUAGUUUCCUGUUCAACUGUGCGUUCAAGAUCACUCGAUUUGGCGGAGUGGUCGCAAGUACGGCAGGAAGCAACGGACGUUCGUCCAGCGCUUGGUGUGCAGCGUCAGGAGACAGCGGCUGGCUGUACGGUGGCGGUAGAGAGUAGGCGGGAAAGGGUAGAACGCCCAGCCCGCUUUCCGAAGGCGGCUCAAUACCGUCCGAAUUCAACCGCGCAUCUGUCCCAUCUGUCGUGACCCGGUGCAGCCCAAGGGCACCUCCUGCGCAGUGAUGGACCAGGCGACGGCGAAUGCCGAGGGCCGGGCGAAGCAGAUCGAGAAAGAAUACCUGUCCAGUCUGGCCGACCUGAACGUCAACAGCAAACCGCUGAUAAACAUGCUGACGAUACUGGCCGAGGAAAACCUCGAGUAUGCCCAAAUCAUCGUGCACGCGGUGGAAAAGCACCUGGCAAAGGUUGCACCAGAUGUAAAACUGCCAAUACUUUACCUCGUUGAUUCAAUUGUUAAGAAUGUGGGCAAACAGUAUCAGACGCUCUUCAGUCAGGUCAUAGUGAAUAUGUUCUGCGGAGUGUUUCAAACGGUCAAUGAAAAGAUUCGUGAGAAAAUGUUUAGCUUGCGACAAACGUGGAACGAUGUGUUUCAACAGUCCAAGCUGUACACGCUGGAUGUAAAGAUCAACUCGAUCGAUCCAGGAUGGCCAAUCACAGCACAAUUGAAAUCAAAAACACCAACCGCAAUUCACGUCAAUCCUAUGUUUCUCAAAGCAAAUGGACCUGAGCCAACGAUCGCGAUGCAGCAACAAUUGAGGGAUAAGCAGCGUGAGCUGCUCGAGCUGCAGGCGCGAAAGCUGGAGCUGGAGCUUCUCACCACCAAGAAGCGAAUCAUGGAACAGGAGAAACAGUUGAGCAUCCAAACGGAGAGUGUAGCAAAAGAGCCUUCGCUGGAACUGGUCAAAUCGUUAGAUGGAGCGGGAGGUCAUCUACCAGUUCUUCCUACCAUUCCACCCCCGGGCGUGAUGCCGAAGAGCCGUAUUGCUCCCGUCACCAUGGGCAUGGUAAACAUGGUCAAGACACGCGAUCCUCGGUUGGCGAAGCAACAGGCCGCCGCUCAGCUGGGAGGACCUCCGUCAACUAUGACAGCCAGCAUGAAUAAUCACAACGCGGCGCUGGGUGCAAUGGCGAUACCUCCGCCCGCUAUGGCCUCUGGCUUGAUGGAAGCUUCACAUCACGGUGCGCCUUCGGCGAAACAAUCAUCCGCUCUUGCACGGGACAAUUUCGGUGCAAAAAAUCGCCGACCCGAGGCUAGUGGUGUAGAAAGCACCAGAUCGGAAUCGUCGACGCAAGGUGAAGGAGGUAGCAGCAGUGCACGUGGCAAGAAACAUACGCCAUCUUCCACAGCCAGCAAUAGUUCUGCUUCUUCGCACAGAUCGCGGCACGAUAACGAUGCAAAGGUGCGAAAGGACCGCAAGGAACACUCUUCAUCCUCAUCGUCUACAAGCAGUAGUAGAUCGUCGACCAAAGGCGGUAGCAAGGCGGGCUCUUCCGCACGAUCCGGCAGCAGCGGGUCCGACAAGCGGAAACAACGCACCCAAAGUAACAGCGACGGUGGUUCGCCCCAUGGUCGAAAAUCACCUCACUCGCCUGGAAAGAAGAAAUCUUCAUCUUCGGAGAAAUCUUCAUCCUCUGGUCAUUCGCAAAACGAUAACAGCCCAAAAGCAGCCGGGAAGUCGCGACCGGAAAGCAAAAGCUCUUCGGAAUUGCAUGCCCUCAGUGGCAAACAACCAUCGGCUCAACUUGCGCGAAACAACAAUGUCGAAAGCAAAAAGCAUCAGCAUCCUGCCGGCGAGGCAGCAGCCUUCGAGGGCCGGGACGUUGACUUGCGCUACGGCGUUCCUCAGAAACGGAUCAAGAUCGAUGAGCCGGUGGCCGACGGGCUUUCGGUGACGAAGGAGGCAGACGAAAUGGUUGUGACGAUGGUGGGGCAAAAAUCGUCGGAAGUACAAAAUAAUAGUGCAACAGACGACGAAGAAGCUCUUUCGGCCAUGAUUGCUAAAGAUAUCGAUUUACGAGCAAUUCCUCUGCAGUUGCUUACGCCAAAACUAGUGCCGGAGCUCGAGAGUUCUCUCGGCGGAACCAAGGGCGACGCGUCCGGUUCGAGAUCGUCGAAGAUGGAAUCUCCGUCCAAGCGAUCUGAAGAACUGGAUGAUGGAGAUGAAUUCUCAAGCGGAAAGAAGCGAAGCAGCCCCAUCAAUUCGGACGAACCGAACGCUAAGAAGAGCAAGGCAGAAAUGAUAGAUGCAUUGUUCGGCAAUGAAGAUGUCGAUCUUCGACAGUUGCCGAUCGGAGGAACUCUAUUGAUGGGUGAUGACGCACGUGAUGUAGAUUUCCCAAAGAUGGAAAACGCUGUCAACAUGCCUAGAUCUCCCCUUUCGGAGAAAACCAACAGCAAUCACGGUGCAAAAGGACUUGAAAAGGACAAGCUUGGCAGACCUCUGUUGUACAAUAAAUUACCAGAUGAUCCUAUCGAGCGACGACGAUCCAUCGUCUCCCUUACCAAACCAGGGGACAUCGAUCAUCGGUUUCCGCAGCAGAGCCUUCAUCAUCACGACGCGGCAGAUGAGGACGAUAAUUCGAUGGACAGUAUGAACGCCAACAUUAAAACCAUCAUCGCGCAGGCUCAGGAUCAGAUGGAAAAGGGCGAAAUUACACCCGAGCAGUAUAACAUCCUGAUGAAGCAGGUGAUUCAGCUGAACGAGACGCAAAAGAUUCGCCAGGCGCAGCGCAUCGAGCACGUGAAGCGGCAGGAUCAGUCGGUGAUUCGGAUCGACGAUAAUGGGUCGAUGAGCGGCGAAGACGAUGUGAUCGUAACGUCCGUGACCCCGGCGACGCCCGGCCUGUCGGCGAUGCGGCUAAACGAUCCGAAGGAUAGCAGCUCCGGCAUCGUAAAUGAUUUCCGAGGUAAAAUACAUCCGAUUGACGGAAAGCCUCCACUAGUCAAGCCCUUCGAAGGAGCACCGUUCGCCGGUAUCGGUAUUCCGCCUACGUCCGUUCCGCCACCAGAUAUCCGUGCCCAGCGAGAUCCACGAAGAAUACGUGAAUCGAAAUGGAAUCGGGUAGAGCCUGGUCCAGGCCUAGCUUGGGCCAACCGUCCCGUUGGUCCGAUCGUUGGAGGACCGAUGGUGGUGGCACCUCCGCUAGGCGGUGGAAUUCGCCCCGGAAUGGCGGUACCAAGCCCGUGGGAGCAGGCACCGUUCCCAGUAAUGGCGGACGGUAUGUCCCGAUUCCCGGCCCCACCUGGUCCACUUCCGCUGGGCGUGCUCGGAGGCUUGGCUCCCAACAUGCUGAAUCCGGCCCUGCCGAAGCUGAACGACAGCGUGCGUACGAUCAAUAUCGAUGGCAUCCAGCGGGAGAUUCGGUUCUACGAGGAAAUAGCCGUCAUCUUCAUGAACUGGGACGAGCCGAAGGAGAUCGGAUUCCAGAAGGGUGCGCGCAUGGUGGUGGUCGAUGAUAGGGAAACGUUCGAGCUGGGUUUUAACGAGCCCUACAAAUCGGUCAGCAUUGAGAAUAAAGUCUAUCAGAUGCGUUUGGGGGCGCCGACGAGGGAGCUUUACAUCGAUGACUCCUGGUAUGAGUGCUACUUCGGCGACCAGCCCACGACGAUCAUGCUGGACGGCAAGCCGAGAGUGUUCAAAAUCGCGGGCCCGGCGCCGCAGGUGAAGAUCGGCGACAGUCGCAAGGAUCUUGUCGCCGGCAAAAUUAACAUGAUCGUCGACGCGAAGUACAUGAUACCGGUGUUUCUCGACUGCAAGCCGCAAGUGUUCGAGGUGUACGGCGUGAUGCAUCGGCUACAGUUUGCGGACUUUCUGCUGACGGUGCUGAUCGACGAGCAGCCCUUCCCGGUCGACUACGGCGGGCUGCCGAUGGUGGUGCGAUCGCGUGACCGCGAUUACUACAUCCGGUUCACCGCGCUGCCGAAUCAGGUGGUGCCGGGGCGGGUCUACAUCCGUGACAUGAUUCGCACGCCCCUGUACCGGGACCUGCGCACUCCACCGAAAGAUCCUAGCGCGCUCGAGCCACCGGUGCCACUUAAUCCACCUUUCGCUCCUCCCACCACUGCACCGCCCGCACUGCCCGGAGCGGCCGGUUUGGGCUUCGGAGGAAUCAAUACGCUGCCGCCGGGCGCAAUCGGCCCUCAGCAUCCGGGACUGGCGGGCGCGAACGCAACCUCCACCGGGCUCGAUUACCUCACCAAUCUGAUGCCCUCGAUGGCCAUGCAAACGGGGGCGGCGGCGGGCAAAAAUGGUCCCGGCUAUAGGAUAGAAGCGGACGAGAAGGCAGCCGCCGCUGCAGGCGUGGGAGCUUCGGCAGCGGCCGGCUCUGCGCCGGGCUCUGCGCAACAGCCAAACGCGUCCGCCGCCGUCGGAGGACUGCUGGCGAACAUCAAUGUGGAAGAAUUGUACAAAAAGAUAGUUGCCGCCGGCAUUAUCACGAAGCUCGGGGCGGGCACAUCAUCCUCGCCGACACCGCCACAGGCUGCGGGUGGCGAGGCGGGUGCCGGUACGUCCGCUGGCGGCAAGGACGGAAAAGAGGACGCUAGCAAAUCCAAAGACAAGGAUAAAGCACCCAUUCCAGAGAUUGAGCCAGUGCUGCUGGACAAGCCGGAAACGAUCAAGAAGCGCCAAGCGGCCGUCGUACACCAGCUGUUCUCGGGCAUGCAGUGCAGCAGUUGCGGCGUACGGUUCCCGCCCGAGCAGACGAUGAAGUACAGCCAGCAUCUCGACUGGCACUUCCGGCAGAAUCGGCGCGAUCGAGACUCGGCCCGGAAGGCGCACUCGCGCAAGUGGUACUACGACGUGUCGGACUGGAUCCAGUACGAGGAGAUCGAGGACCUGGAGGAGCGCGAGAAGAACUGGUUCGAGACGCAGCAGACCGACCAGGGCGAGCUUAAGAAGGGCGGCGCCGGCGGUGGAAUGGGCCUGGGCGGCAACGACGGGGAUGACUUUUCGUCGCACGACGAUGCGCCGCAGCCGAGCUGCCCGGCCGGACUGGAUGAGAGCGACCGCCAGUGCCACAUGUGCCAUGAUGUGUUCGAACACUUCUACAACGAGGAAACGGAGGAGUGGCAUCUGCGCAACGCGAUCCUGGUCGAUGGCAGCACGUACCAUCCGCUGUGCUACGAGGACUACAAGGCGUCGCUGACGAUGACCGAAACGACGCUGGGCAAUGGGACGCUCGGUGCGUCGUUGGAUGAGAGCCAGAAGACUGAUGAAGCCAUGGAUACGAGCGGCGCGGCUGGCGAGGCUGGCGAGGAUGGCGAAGCCGCUGAUGGGGCAGGAAAAGACAAAUCAAAAGCUAGCAAAAAGGAUAAUGGAAUGGAGGACGAUGACGAUGACGACGAUGUGAUCGUGUUACCUGCCGUGGAGCCCGUCGUGGAGGAAAUCCUCGACGAUGAUGAGCAAGCGGCUGAAAAGAAGGAAGGCGAUGCGGAGGCGGCCGAGCAAUCAUCCACGGUGGACGAAGCGAAGAGCGCCGCCGGAAGUGCAAAAUCGCCGCGGCCCGAGUUCCAGGAGCGUCAAAUCGACGAGGACCUGUUCAUACAGGAGCCCAACAUUGAGGUGACGGAUCUGGACACGAUCGAGGACAAACCGCCGGGUGAGUCGGGCGAAGGGGCGUCCAAUGGCAGCCAGGAUCCGAGCUCGCUGUCGUCGUUGCUGCGCGUUAAGAUCAAGCAGGAACCGAAGGAGGAGGACGAUGCCGACGAAGAGGAUGCACUAUUCGAGGACGUCGGCACGAUCGAGUCCAGCCUGGUCGAAGUGGCGGAACGUUCUCCGGCCGCCAACAAUGCUGCUGAAGAGGAACCGUACGAAGACGUUAUCGCUGAAAGCAUUCCAUCACCAUCAGAAUCGUCCAACCAGAUGGGCAUUGUGGCGCAACCGAAGGCAACGAUCGAUGGCAACGUCGAUCUGCAGGAUGCGCCACAGUCGGCCACGGUUGUGCCGAACAAGAUCAAAAUCAACAUCACGAAGGGUAAGGCCCAGCAGCAGCAGCAGCAGCAGCAGCAUCAGCAGGUGUCAGCGGCAUCGACCAACAACGACGGUGAGCCUGGCGAUGGAAGCAACGGUGUAAAUACGAAUAAUUUUAAUGACGAUAGCCAAGGGGUCGAAGACGAGGCGAGCAAUGACGGUGGCGGCGCUGGCGGCAGUUUGGAAGAGCGGGACGAGAAGAACGGUGCCGAACAGUCCAAUAAUAAAGAAUUGUCGUCCGUGGCGACGCCGCCGGUGGCGGCCGAUGCUGUCGCUGAGGUCGCGUUCGAAGAAACCACUGAUGUUGCGUAUGAGCUGAAGGAAGGCCUACUGGGCAUCGAGUUGAACAGGCGGCCACGGGUAACGAGCGGUCUCGAAGCGUCCGGGCUCUGCUCGAUCAUGUAAAUAACGGAACGCAACGCAAUGUAACGCGCGCUCUCGCUCUCGCAGCAUCACUCGCGAUGGUGGGUCACCCCCCGAAAGGAAUCGAUGCAUCUGAAAUUGUCCCCACUUGUUUGCUGCCAUUGGAGUGCCCAGAUGUUCGUGUUCGGGUAAUCUUUCCGGUUGCUUUUGCAUGUCGAUCUUUUUUUUGUUUUCUUUUCUUUUACCAUACUCUCUCCCACCAUCAUCAACCCUAAUCGCUAACGGUUUACUAGGUUUAGUAGGAUUUGUAAUUUAGCAUUUAGCCUUAUGUGCGUUCAAGAAAGGGAUUGUGUUUGGAAAAGGUUGGGCGUAGUAGGCGGCUAACUGGAAGGCCGAAGUUGGUACACUAGUCAAGUACAAACCAACUUAAAAGCGGGAAUACAAAAACAAAAAACAAAAAAACAUUUGAUAAAAUCUGAACUAUUGGUGGAGCUCUGAGCGUCGUCUUGAGGGAACCGUUUUCUUUCUAAUUUGUUCCAGCAGUUUUCAUCUUACAAUUAAGUAUUUUUUUCUUUAUACAAACCUCUAUGAACGCAACAUGAACUCCACGGGAUUGGUGGAACUUAGUUUCGUAUUUGAAAUGUUUAACCG